GAAGCCUCGGAGGCCAACCUCCUCGAAAGCUCCCUUCCAUCUUCCAGUGAACGCCCGACUCCACUCUUCUUCCUUGAGCUACAAGCCUCCUCCUACCAGAACAGCAUCCACCAACAGCGCCACCGCCCGCUGCCCUCUUUAAGUGGCAGUUCGGGAUGCUGCACUCGGCCCAAGUUGAGGCUCUCCCUGCUGCAACCACCUCAUGGCGUUCGGCGACGACGGUCGUGUCGCAGUCCUUGCUGCCCAUGCCGUGGGAAAGCAGAGCAACAGUAUCCAACAUCGAAGGUUAGAGCUUGAAAAGGAGGUGGCUGAACUGCAGAGGAUGCUCCGAAAUGAAGAGAAAAUGCACGAAGUUUUGGAGCAUGCAAUGCUUCCACCAAAAACUCGAUCAACCCUUCAGAUCCCAAGUUUCCUUCCAAGAAGGACAAAGGAACUUCUGGCAGAAGUUGUCAUGGUGGAAGAGGAGAUAGUUCGACUUGAACAUGAAAUAAGUAAAGCUCAAGAAAGCCUAUCAAACAUGCGAGAAGCUCACGAAGAAGAGACCCCUAAAGUUUAUGAAUAUAGGCAUGCAAACAGGAAUGUAAUUGAACCUCCAAGCAAUAUGUCGGAUACCAAUUUGGAUGUGCCUAAUGACAAAUUAUCACAAAAGAUAGCACUAGAAACCAAACCUUUGUUCUUUAUAAACCAGGCAAUAAAAGGAGACUAUUUAGUUAAUGGUUUCGUCAAGAAAGGAAAUGUUGGAAGCUUAAAUAGGUCUGACAACCAUAAUGAAAACCAAAGCACGGUGGAAAUUAAAGAGAGGGCUUCAAGGAAAAAUGGAAGGACAGAGAAGGCAUCCUCAAUUAAGUUGCCAGGAAAGUAUCCAACGAACCAAAACACAAAUGUGGAAAAUGUGCUCAAGCUAUUCAGAGAACCUUCUUCAACCAUAAAUUUAACGGACCAGAAUGCUGGAAAGUACCAUCCGAACAAGUUAUCUGAGAAAAUAUUGAAUUUCUUGAUCUGUAUUUUCUUAAGAUUAUCAAGAACAUCGCGAGCAUUGGAUCUAGAAAAAUCCAGCAACCUGUCAAAAUCUGCCAACUUACUGCUAAGAUCAGGAAGCUUUGAGAUAGAUGGCAGUUCUAUUAGGAAAGGAAGAAUUCCAGCUCAAAGGGAGAUAAGGCACCAUGAUCCUUAUGGAAUUUUUGAAAUUGAAGGCUCUAUUUUAAGGGAUAUUGGCCCUUACAAGAACCUCAUCAAAUUUACCUCCAGUUCACUGGACCAUAAGGACAUUUCUUAUUCUCUUCCUCUAUUGAAGAAAUUAAGGAUCUUAAUUAGCAGACUUCAUGAGGUGGACUUGAGAUCUUUGAGGCACCAAGAGAAAUUAGCUUUUUGGAUCAAUGUUUACCACACUUGCAUCAUGCAUGGUAUUUUAGAACUUGGUAUGCCCUCAAAUCCAGAGAUGGUUCAGGUAGUAAAGGAUAAGGCUCUGCUUGAUGUAGGAGGUAGCAAACUAAAUGCUCAAGCUAUAGAGCACCUUCUUCUAAGACAACCAUUAAACUAUAAUGAGACUGAAUGGAAAGAAGUUCAAGAGGAUUAUAAGAAAGUCAUAAGGAGAAAUUAUGGAUUGGAGCACUCAGACCCCAAUAUUGUGUUUGCAUUAUGCUCUGCGUGUAAAUCUUCCCCUGCUGUCAGGAUAUACACAGCUGAUGGUGUCACAGGUGAACUGGAAAAAUCAAAGUUGGACUACCUGCAAGCUUCAAUAGCAGUCACAGCUAACAGAAGGGUAAUGAUCCCACAUUUCCUGUUCUCAAAGAUGCACGACUUCGCCACAGACUUGGAUUCUCUAGCUGAGUGGAUCAUCAAACAGCUUCCAACUUCUUGGCCUCUAAGGAAAUCCAUGCUCGAGUGCUUCAAAGGCCAUACAGAUGGGAAGAUAUCUCAUAUGGUGGAUGUCAUUCCUAAUGAUUCUGAAUUCCAGUAUCUUUUGCGCGUCUGAACUACAUGUGUUCUCUUUUUUUCUUGUGAAAUCUGAAACGUUUUACCGAAAUUGUGUGUCUGUAUAUUGAUGGUGUCCUUUUACGUCGAAAAUUUUUGCGAUCGGUGGUUUUGUAAAUGGUGA